UGGGUUCUGUGUAACACAAUAUUGUGCAAUUUUUGAACAAAUAAGAAUGGCAAAAUUUGCUAAAUCCUCUAUCAAUUGGGUAGAAAUGGAGAAGAAAGUUGCCUUAAACCAAAAAGCCCAAUACAUGGCUUUCAAAGCCAAAUCUGAUAGCUAUUUGAGAAAAGUCCAAUCGUUUCCCGAGACGCCUCCACCGAUUGACUGGGAGUUGUACAAGAAGACCGUGCCCGUGGAGGGGAUGGUGGACAUGUUCAGGCAGUGCUACCAGCAGCUGAAGGUGCCCUACCCUCAGGACACGCAGACGGCACAGAUAGAAGAACAAUGGAAACAGGUGAAGGAGGAAAUACAGAAAUACAAAACGGAACGGAACGUGGAGAUUGCCGCGGCAAAGAAGGAGCUGGCGCGGAUUGCGGCUUUACCGAAAUUCGACGACAUGACGAUGGAAAUGUUUUUCGAGUUGUACCCUGACAUGGCUCAGGACUUCGUGGCUUGCCCCACCUUCUGGCCCCACACCCCUGAGGAACAGCCCAACUUCGACCUCGCCAGAUAUGAUAAGAAAACCCCUAAAGAAGACAAGACUCCCCCUCCUAUGGCUAAACCAGAGGAACCACCAAAGGGAUUACGAGGAAAACCUGGAAUGGUGGUGUUUUGAUUAGUUUAUUAUUAAAUAAACUGUUUUGAGCUAAUAA